CUAAAACAGAAGCCUGGUUGUGCUUCUAGCAAAGCGAGGGGCAGCUCUGGACUGACUUUGCAGGUGUCGCGGUCCAGCAAGAGCCAAAGAAGCGCCACUGGCAGCCAUUUGGAGGCAAGCUUGCCCCAGCGAGUAGCUCAGGUCUGAUACCCGCACUGGAUCGCUGAUUGAGGUCCCCUCUAAAUUAUAACACUGAAAACAAUGGCCACAGAAUGUAUAAAAACCUGCUGUAAAUUGUGUUUCUGCGUGGACAAGGAAAAAAAUGAUCCAGUUUCCAUGGUGCAGGAAUCUGAAGCAGUAGCUGCAAGCAAGCCAACUAUUGUAGAGCAGCCUCCAUUGUCUUCUGUGUCAGUGAAGCGUCAAGUUGGCUGUUCUGAGGAUUAUUUGCUUUCUAAACUGCCCCUGGAUGGUCACGAGGUACCAUUUGUGGUCCCUCCAUUCAGAAUGGCUUAUGUACAGCCAAAGAACCUUCCUAGUAUCUCACAUGCUGGAGGGAUUAAAGAGUCAGCCAGAGCCUCGUUUGGCGAGCGGAAGGCAGAGCUGCACGGCGCGCACCAGUGGCCCGGCUGUGACGUGUACAACCCCUUCUACCUGGAGCAUCGCGUCUCCCCGGAUCUCAUCAGGCGCUGCCAGGCAAAAGCAGAUAGCAGGAAAUUGUAUGGAUCAGUUAGUGAUUUAAGACCCAGUGCUUUGCCUGGAUCCCUCGAUGUGAGCCGUUCCAUGUUUGAUCUCAGGAGCCCACCUCACCGCUUCAUCAAGAGAUAUGAUUCAGUCUCCAGUGUACCUAGCAGUUCUUCUUCCAGGAAGGAUUCACAAGGCAGCAACAGGAGUCUGGAUACUAUUACAUUAUCAGGUGAUGAACGAGACUUUGGAAGACUGAAUGUGAAGUUGUGUUAUGUUUCUUCUGUAGAACAGAUUUGGAUCACAGUUUUACAUUGCAAAGACCUGAGCUGGCCUUCUAGCUGUGGGGAAAAUCCUCGUAUCUGUGUCAAGGGAAUUCUCACACUGCCCAAGCCAGUGCAUUUCAAAUCUUCUGCCAAGGAGGGCUCCAAUGACAUUGAAUUUAUGGAAACUUUUGUUUUUGCCAUUAAACUGCAAAGCCUGCAGGCUGUCAAAUUGGUAUUUAAAAUCCAGACACAGACUCCCAGGAAAAAAACGAUUGGAGAAUGUUCCUUGGCACUGCGGGAGCUGAGCUCGCAGGAGUCCAGUCAUUGGCUGGAUAUAUCUCCUCCUUCCAAAGCACCUGUGUGCCGUGCAGAACUUCAAAUAGGAACUUGUUUUCAAGCAAUAAACAGGAGGAUACAGUUACAGAUUCUUGAAGCACAAAACCUUCCUGUUUCAUCUACGCCACUGUCUUCAAAUUUCUUUGUGAAAGUUGGAAUGUUUAGUACAGAAGGGAUCAUCUAUAAAAAGAAGACUCGCCUUCUGAAAUCCACUAAUGGCCAAGUGAAGUGGGGAGAAAUGAUGGUUUUUCCAGUUAGCCAAGCAGAACAAGGAAUUAGCUUUCUCAUCAAGCUCUACAGCAAAAGCUCAGUGAGAAGAAAACACUUCCUAGGACAGGUUGGUUUCUGCUGGACAGCCCGAUACCCUUCACUUAAAAUCCAGUUCCACAGGUUUCUUGAUCUGGUUAAGUUCGGAUAGCAGCAACAGUGAAGCAGUAGAGCAGUGGAAAGAUACCAUUGCAAAUCCUGAAAAAGUUGUUGUUAAAUGGUACAGCUUUGGCCCAUCUUGAAGACUGGAGAUGAAAUUCAGAACUGAUUUUUCUACAGAAAUUCACAGGCUAUCUAAAAUAGUAUAAAUUCAAAAUAAAGAUAUUGUCUAUGCAAGUUCUUCAGAAGUUCUCCUCUGCAUCAUGCCUCUGUGGAAAUGGAAAAUUCAGUUUCACCAAGAGAAAUACUGGCUAAAUACUACUAAAAAGAAGACUUGGGAACUGGAAAAAGUGGUUAUUUGAUUUCACAAAAUCCAUCUUGAAAAAAAGAUAUUUGCCCCUUUUGGAUUUCCUGAAAGCACAGAAAUUCAAUUUUGGAGAAAAGCAACUUAAAUCAGCUCUGUUUCUAGCCACUGACAUCAUGCUCAUCUGCAUUGUUGUCUUGGGCAGACUCCAAAGUCCAGGGAAUGGGUUGUGUCAGUGGCUUGAUUUUGGGUACCUGUGAGCAUCUGGGCUUGUUGGCACCAUUUGAUCAGGAUAACAUGUACCUGAGCAAGUGGGGAAGCUGUGGCAGCAGGAGAAGGCAUAAAGGGAAGUACACAUUAAGGCGGUACCCAUAGGCUUUUCUGAUCUCCAUUUUGGAUGAAGAGUUGCUCAGAAGGCUGUAGCUUGAGCUUGCCCCCUAUCCUUUUCUCAAAACAGAGAGAUGGAAAGAUAAAAGUUCCUCUGCCUUAGUGAUCUUUACAAGAGGGGCCCUCCAGACUUGCUGUGUUUGGGUAAAUUCUGGCUGGAAUCAAUGGAAUAGUACAAAGAGGCAAUGACCCUGCCUAGGAUCAGAGCCAGUAUUUGUAGAUUGCUUUCUUAUAUAGAAUACUUAUAUGUAAACCACUUCCUAUCUAGUCAACCCACUCUAGCAUUUGCUUACAUUGCCAAAUGUAAUGCCUACUGACUUAGGUGCUUUUUGAUAUUAAUUAAAAUACAGCACUGUAAGGGAUUCAGACUUUUUUAAAGGAUGGGCUGCUACUACAGAAGUAUUUGUUACAUGUCCAGGAUGCUAAAAAAUUAUGUGUGGGAGUAUAUUUUUAUUACUUGUUUCAGUGAGAAGAAAUGAACAUUUUUUAUUGCAAAUUGUAUUUUUCCAACAAAAUCCUAAGAUUAUAUUUUUUAUUAGUUGUCAUAUUUUCAGGUGUUUAGUCAUAGUUAUUUUUAAGGGGGGAAAAUACCAAGUAUGUAAUUGAUAAUGCAUAAAUCUAAAAGCACAGACCUCUUAGCACUACUUCAACUAGCUGAUUAAAAAAUACAUAUUUAAUUGACUCCACUGCUUACAUAUGUACUGUUGGCUGUCUUGUCUGUACAAAUAUGUAUGUUGGUAUAGAUGUUGAAUAAACCUACCUUUCUUCAUAA